CAGACACAGGACUGCCGGCUUUGCUGAUGCUGAUAAUUCACGGUGACUACAUAAGAGCGGGUGGUCGUUACUGCAGACACCAGUUUCGUAAUACGUGUGUCCUGGACUCAAUCCUGGCUGCUUUUCACAUUUGUUACAUCAGAUUCCAAAAUGUACGAUCGCUUUUAGAAUCUAACGCCACAUUCAAAGUCAUGAUGUCUUAUUUAAAUGCAGCAAACUAUGAGGACGCAAAAGGCCUAUGGCUGCGAUCACUGAUAAAGUUUGAUACAAUUGAUAUUGACAUUUUGGGCACUGUGAAAGAUCAUUUUCCAGUGCUUGCUAAACUGGUGUGUGCUGAAGUCGACUACUUCCAAGAAACACCUGAUGACAGUCCUGUAUAUCAAACAACAAUGAGCAAAUUUCGUGCACUUGGUGAUUUGAAGGCUUUGGGCCGUGCAGAUGAUCCCACAAUGAUCCUGGUUGUUCCUAGGGUUGUGCCCCUGCCCUUGCUUGUUGAAGAUGAAAUCAAAAGGACCUUUAAGCUUCAGUUUUUGCUGCUUGGUGAACGGAAUCACAUGGUCAUGUGUUUCAACUUCUUAGAGAACCUGUGGAUCCUCUAUGAUAACAAUCCAGCGUUGAGGUCUUUUCGUACUUUCAACUUAGAGGAUCGGAACCGUUAUAUGAUCUGCUGGGCUGGCUACAUCAAUACGACACAAGCUGACGUGCAAAAUAAUGCCUCUCCUGAGACUGGAGUAGGAGCACAACCUUUCAACUGUGGUUCAUUCGGACAACGAGAGAAUAUUGAAGAAUCCAUGAAAGAGAUACUGACGAGUUUGGGAGCUCUAGCUUGUGACAGCUCUGGCUCGGAAUAAUGUUCUAAAACAGAAGUACGCAUCAAAAAACACUGUCUGUGAUUAUAUGAAGUAUAGUUUAUAGUGUAUUUCACUGCAAUAGCAUUAGGACUCCUGGUUGUAACAUGUUUCUUUAUUUGUAUCUGCUGCUGCCUUGUGUUUUUGUGUUUUUCUGUGCGUAGUAUUACUUUUUGCCACCAGAGUAUAUGUUACCAUGCCCAGACCAAUCCAGUAACUUCUGUUAGCCUGUUAGCUUUGUUACAUUUCAUAAAUUUCAGAAAAUAAGGAGUGAGAGCCAUUCUAAGAGGGAGUUAGGGAGGUUUGUGUAUUUUAGUUUAUUUUGUUUCAGAAUUAGGUAGUUGUUUGUCAUUUAUCAUUAGAUUUUGUUUGAUGUUCACACCUGAUGUCAUAUUUUCUACACUGAUUAACUGGUUUACACAGUAAUUACUGUCCUGUGUUUGGUCUGGAUGGGGGUCCAGGAAGAGACUGCACUCUCUCUUUCUCUGUUUAUUGCAGAUCAUAACUAUAGUAUGUUUAAAAUGGUACAAUGCACCACUUGUUUCUACAUUAUAAUACAGUAUAAUUACUUUUUAAGGUAGCACUUUCACUGUAUUUAUUGUUCAGUAUUGUCCAGCUUUUGUGAAAACCUUCUGAAGUGGAUCUCAGACCCUGUUCCGUUCAGUUUGUUGGUUUUGUUUGUUUAAAUACCUCUUUAGAAUGUUUGCACAUUGCCUAAUUGUGAAUUUUUACUAGUUUCAAUGUAAACACAUUUCUCAUGUACAAUACACAAGUGUUGCAUAAUGCCUAUUAAAUGUACAGUAUUUACACAUUUCUCUUUUUAAUGAAUGUAAUAAAAAUAAAUAAGAAGAGAUCUGGACAUAAAUUGAGUCUAC